AUGCGUUUAUUCGUUGGUUACAAAUCAUCAAAUCAAAGCUUUAAACAAUUAGAAGCAGAAAGUGAAAGAGGUGAUGUCGGUUAUCUUCAGAUGGAUUGCGCCCGUGAAUCUUUCGCAUUUGCAACAUAUAAACCAAAAUCAGAAAGGAAAGUUAAAAAGUUUGUUCAUUCGUUAUAUAAUAAUGUUCAAAAAUAUGAUAACUCAGUAUGUGGUAAAUAUGUUGACCCUUCAGAAGUUUUCAAGAAAGCAAAUGAAGAAGUUGAUGUCAUUUUUGAUAUGAUUAUUCCGAUAAAUGAUUUGUUAGCAUUUCAGGCGUUCGAUGAUUAUCCUAAAUCAUUUGGUGAUAUCAUUCUUAAAUAUUAUGUUUUCAGGGAUACUUUAGUAUUUUGUCAGGUUGACCCGUUAAGAGUUGCUGAUUUACAAAAUUACGUUUAUGAAAAGAUAACUGAUGAAAAUUAUGAAAAGAUUAUGAAUCAU